UAAAUGUGGGCAUAUAGAGUAACCGGUAACUAGAUUCAUUGCCGUAACUGAUUUAAUUUGAAAUAAAAAUUGGUCAAGUGGGAAAAUGAAACUUGAUGUUAGAGCUUAUUAGUGAAGCUGUUGUAGUGUCGACGCAAACUGGAUGAAUCCAGACGAUCUAUAAACUGGAAAGACUUAACAACUGUGUUUACUAAAACAAGUUAUAAUUUGCAGCUCAGAACACUAAGAUGCCACGUUCAGGUGCAAAAGGUGCAGGACAAAAGAAGAGCCAAGCACCCGCUGCCUACAAGCUCCCUGAGCAGUUUAAAAGUGGUGAGAUCCUGAGUCAGACUCAGCCGCAGAAGAAGAAAUGGCAGCUUGGUGAUGUUAUUGGUCAGGGUGGAUUUGGGCUCAUUUAUAAAGCUUCUGAUGUAACAGACUCAGAACCCUCUUCUGAUCCUCCCUAUGUCAUCAAAAUUGAACCUUUAGAUAAUGGACCUCUCUUCUGUGAAUUCCAUUUUUACCAGAGAGCUGCCAAACCAGAAUUCAUUGCAGAGUGGACACAGUUGAGAAAACUGAGAUACCUUGGAAUCCCUCCACUUUUGGGAGCUGGUCAGCACACCAAAGGAGGCAAACAUUAUCGAUAUCUAGUAAUGCCUAGAUUCAGCACAGACUUGCAGAAAGUGUUUGUCAAUGCUGGAAGAUCAUUCUUGGAGAAAACAACAUAUAGCAUUGGUCUCAGAAUGCUUGAUGCACUGGAGUACAUCCAUGACAAGGGCUAUGCUCAUGCAGACAUUAAAGCCUCCAACAUCCUGCUUGGUUACAAAAAUGGGAACAUUGAUUACAAUCAGGUAUAUCUAGUUGACUAUGGCCUGGCCUACAGGUACAUGGUUGACAGCACUCAUAAACCUUACAAAGAGGAUCCCAAGCGUGCACAUGAUGGAACAGCAGAAUAUGCCAGCAGAGAUGCACACAAAGGAGUCUGUCCAUCCCGGCGGGGUGAUCUUGAGAUUCUUGGCUAUUGCAUGCUGGAGUGGCUGUCUGGCCAUCUACCCUGGGAAAAGUUUAUAAAUGACAAAGAAAAGAUUAAAGAGCUCAAGAUAAAAUAUAUGAAUGAUCUCCAAGAUUUGAUGCAAACUUGUUUUGGGUCACAAAAUAAGCCAGAGGGGCUGAGAAAGUACCUUGCAGUAGUCAGUAAGCUUGCCUAUGAUGAGAAACCAGACUACGGCCAGUUACGGCAGCUUCUCAAACCAGGUGCUGGUAAUGAAUGGUCCUUGGCUCUACCCACAGGGGAAACUGUUUCACCUCAAAAGGGAACCAAAAGGAAGAGUGAUUCUUAUGAACCAUUACAAGCAAAAGUUGCCAAAACAAACUCUAAGGCUGAUGUCACCACUCCUAAAUUGUCAUCCAGGAAAGGCAGAGCACCGGUGGCCAAUGGCAAAAGAGCCUCUGCAAAAUUGCACAAUGCUUCCAGUGAAGGCUCUGGGCCUUCAGGUGCAAAAUUAAAAAUAACUAUAUUAAGAAAGACUUUCUCCUCACCUGCCGCUUCUGUCACUACCCCGAGAGCCAGAAAAACACCUUCAAAGACUCAGAAUGGUUCCACACAAACACUUGGUGGAGCAAAGGUGAAAGCUUCCAGCAGCAGCAUUACAAAGAGAGUGACAUUGAAGCGAAAGAGACUCGGAAAUGUCAACUCUUUGGACUCAGGAGUGCAGACUUCACCUUCCUUGAUGACAAAUGAUGGCUGAUGAGUUCUUACUGGAUGACAUCUAUCAUGUUGGCAGCAAUCUGGAUUUGCUGGAAUCUGCUAAAGUGUCUUGGAUUUUUGGAAGAGAUCAGUUUAUCGUGACUUGAGAUGGAUCCCAGGCAGUUUUUAUGUUUUCUUUGGCUUUGGCUAGCAGGCAGUAAAUAAACUGCUAUACCAAAUAUAACUGCUGUCAAAUAAAAUGCCAUGCACAGCUAAUGUGUAAACAGAUAUGUAUAUAUUUUUUAUAACUGCCAAAGCCUGUAUAGUCAUUGUUUAAACUAAAUACUUUCCAGCUUUCAACAGUGAUUAAAAGGGUAUGUCACUGUGACUGAACGAAUAAAGUUACAUACCUUUAUGCAUGAAUGAUGUUUUGUACGUGCAUAUUCUGUGGAUUUGUUUUAGUGAUAAAAAAAUCAUGAGCUUUAGUUGUAAGAAGAGUCUACCAUUAAUCUAGAUUUGUUAACUUUCUCUUUUUAUCUGUCAACUGCACGAUGGUGGAGCUGUUGCAAGGAUUUUUAAAAAUGUGGAAAAUAACAGGUUCAUGUAUGAAAGCUGUAGAGCAAUAGAGCUGUAUAAGACUUUACAGAUUAGCAGCUUUCAGUUUCAAGAAGUCUAUAAGAUGCAUUGGCAGAGGAGGAUGGUGAUGGAGAAAGGGGUGAAUUCUAAGUAUGAAAAGUGACAAACUUUGCUUUUAAGCAUUGUAAAAUAAGUCUUUUUUUUUUCCCACUAGUUUUUUGCUUGAUACCAUACACUUUCAUGUCUCAUUGUAAAAUAAAGUUUUUUUUUAAACUUGUUUAA